AUGGGACAUACAGCAAUUGCUGAGAUUCAAUUUGCUGACUAUAUUUUCCCUGCAUUUGACCAAAUCGUCAAUGAAGCUGCCAAAUACCGCUUUAGAAGUGGAAAUUUGUUUGAUGUUGGAGGAUUAACAAUUCGUACACCAAGCAGUGCUGUUGGUCACGGUGGACAUUACCAUUCACAAUCUCCAGAGGCAUAUUUUGCACACACACCUGGUCUCAAAGUUGUCAUUCCAAGAAAUCCUCUACAAGCCAAGGGUUUGUUAUUGUCAAGUAUUGAAGAUCCAAAUCCUGUCAUUUUCUUUGAGCCAAAGAUUCUCUAUCGUUCAAGUCAAUGCUUGGUUCCAAAUGAAGCAUACAAAAUUCCAUUAGAAAAAGCAGAAAUACUAAAGGAAGGUAAAGAUGUGACUGUUAUUGGUUGGGGAAGUCAACUCUAUGUCCUUGAAAAAGCCAUUGCAAUGGCAAAAGAGGUUGGAAUUGAUUGUGAGUUAAUAGAUUUGAGAACUAUUGUUCCUUGGGACAUUGAAACUGUGGUAAACUCUGUAAAAAAGACUGGAAGAUGUGUUGUCAGUCAUGAAGCUCCAUUAACUGGAGGUUUUGGUGCUGAAAUAGCUGCCACUAUCCAAGAGAAGUGUUUCUUACAUUUGGAGUCGCCUGUUAUCCGUGUAUGUGGUUUAGACACUCCUUUCCCACUUGUUCACGAGAAAUAUUACAUCCCAGGAGUUGUGAAAUGCUUUGAAAUGAUCAAGAAUGCAGUCAACUAUUAG